UUCUUCGCUUGGCAACACUGGCCUUCGGGAACCACAGAGUACACAAUCGCUAGUGAACAUCAAUUUUGUGCUAUUUUUGUAUUAAAAAUUCCAUUUUGUGCCGUCGUAAAAACAUUUAUAACAGACACGAUAAGACAUAUACGCCUGAUAAACGGAUAUAUAGUACCUUGUGAAACUAACGUUGGUCGAGUCCAACAGAAAUAUUGAAUAAAACGAAUGUGGUAGUGUAUCCGCCGCAGAUCUACGAACUGACACGGCUCUCUCAUGUGACCGACUUGGAGGAACUGAUCAAGUUGGCCAAGGAGAAAAGCAUCCACGGCGACCCGUGUAUAUAUCCUGUUGUUGUUCCCGCUAAGGAUGGCAUGGUUCAUUUAUUGCCAGGCGAUGACUUAUAUCCAGAAACUGUAGAUUUUAAUGACAAUAAUAAAUUACCUUAUACAGACAAAACAAUAUUAGAAUUAAGAGAAAACUGCGGCACGAUACAUCGGUUGGAGAAACCAAAAGCUAGUAACCAGCCGCCGGUUAUUGUUAUAAAAAAUUACAAAACUAAACACCCUAUCGACAUGGGCGAUACGACCAUGAUACUUAACGAAGUUUAAAACAACCAUAGACACAGCACAUGCCUUACAGUUCGGCCUUACUAGAAGUACAUUAGAUCGGACAUUUUAAUAAUAAAAAGUAAUUUAAAUAAAUAAAUAUGGCGGGGUCGGGACACACGUGGCCGAACAGCCAAGACGACUACGAACUGCUGGAGGUGAUCGGCGUCGGCGCCACUGCCGUCGUGCACGCCGCCUUCUGUCGCCCGCGCGGGGAGAAGUGCGCCAUCAAACGAAUCAACCUCGAGAAAUGGAACACCUCCAUGGACGAACUGCUCAAAGAGAUACAGGCCAUGUCCAGCUGCAAUCACGAGAACGUCGUCACAUACUACACCAGCUUCGUUGUCAAGGAGGAGCUGUGGCUUGUGCUUAGACUUCUCGAAGGUGGCAGUUUGCUGGAUAUCAUUAAGCACAAAAUGAGGAUUUCAAAUUGUAAACACGGCGUGUUCGACGAGGCGACCAUCGCGACUGUCCUCAAAGAGGUAUUGAAGGGUCUCGAAUACUUCCACCAGAAUGGACAGAUACACAGGGAUAUCAAAGCCGGCAAUAUUCUGCUCGGCGACGACGGCACUGUCCAAAUCGCCGAUUUUGGCGUGUCUGCUUGGCUCGCGACCGGACGCGACCUCUCGCGACAGAAGGUGCGCCACACGUUUGUUGGCACGCCGUGCUGGAUGGCGCCCGAAGUUAUGGAACAGAACCAUGGCUAUGACUUCAAGGCCGACAUCUGGUCUUUUGGCAUCACUGCUAUCGAGAUGGCCACCGGCACGGCGCCCUACCACAAGUACCCGCCAAUGAAGGUGCUCAUGCUCACGCUUCAGAACGACCCGCCAACAUUAGAUACAGGCGCGGAAGAGAAAGAUCAGUACAAGGCGUAUGGGAAGACGUUCAGGAAAAUGAUAUCGGAGUGUUUGCAGAAGGACCCCUCAAAACGACCCUCGGCUCCCGAGUUACUCAAACACUCAUUCUUCAAGAAGGCGAAAGAUCGCAAGUAUCUCGUCCAGACGCUCGUGUCGAUCGGUCCGAGUAUGGAGACCCGAGUGUACAAGGCAAGCAAACGGCAGCCGGGCGCGUCCGGGCGGCUACACCGCAUGGAGACCGGCGAGUGGGUGUGGGAGAGCGAGGAGGAGGACGAGGACGACGACGAGGCGGCACGCGACCGCCCCAUGAACACGCUCGAGCGCGCCGAGUCCUCCGACUCGGAGGGCGAGGAGCCGCGGGCCGGCUUCACGAUCGGCUCGCUGGGCACCGGCGAGGCGGCCGAGGCGCCGCAGAUCGACCUCGUGCUGCGCAUGCGGAACGCACGCGACGAGCUCAACGACAUUCGGUUCGAGUUCGCGGCCGGCAAGGACUCCGCGGACGGCAUCGCGACGGAGCUGGUGGGCGCGGGGCUGGUGGAGGCGCGGGACGCGGGCGUGAUCGCGCAGCAGCUGCAGCGGCUGGUGGACGCGCAGCUGUUCCCGGGCGAGACGCCGCCGCCGCGCUCGCUGACGUUCCGGCUGGACUCGGCCGACCCCGCGGCGCCGGCCAACGAGCAGGGCCUGGUGGGCUACGCGCAGAUCUCCAUCGUGGACUGAACUCUGUCGGACGCACUCGGCCCGAUGUGGAAUUACUUUAGUAGUUUACGGUUUGUGCGGCUCCAGUUUCCGCAUCCCGAAGUCUCGCGCGAUGUGCGGAAACCGUCGCAUGGCUCAAAUGGAUACAUGUAUUUUACACUAUGAUAAUGAUUAAGGGUGAAUCUGAAUUUGUAAGAGUAUUUUUUGUGAUCGUAUCGUGUCAAUUUCGCUGCUUUGUUUUUUAAACACUGUAAUCGAUUUAUUUUGUUUUGCUCAUAAUUUUACGUUAUAAAGUUAUAUUGAAUUUUAAAUAUGUAGUUAGAUAAGAAUGUUUGAUAUGGUGCCGGCGGGCCGCCGGGUGCGCCGCGAUACUUAGAUUCCAAAUCAUCCUAAAUUUACAUUUUGUAAUACUAUGACAUAUUUUAUACUAUAUUGUAUGUAAUGUAAGUGCCAUAUAUUAUGAAUGUGUACCGUAAAUAUGAGUUUUACAAUGAAUCCCGUUCGUUGGCGAUCAUUACAGUGUUGAAUUUGAAAUAGCAGGUCUAUGUAGCACCACAAAAUGUUCUUUUUACAUUGUUAUUUGUUUGUUGCUUAUUUUGGAAGUAUUUUUAAUAAUAAAAGAUAAAAUCUA